ACAUCUAUGCUUCAUCAUCCUAUGCUGGUUCUCACAGCUCUCGUUAUUAAGAAAGCUUAAAGAGUUUAUAAUGAAAAGAAAUAGUCCUGUGAUAUCAUCUUGUCAUUUCACGAACAAGCUUAAAUACUUGGAUUACUGUAUUCUUUAUUAUACUUAAGCAUUUGAUUGAGGCAACUUUAUUCUUUUGUUGAAGAUGCUUUCAAAUAAAGUCUUCAUUUACAUAAUUUUUUUAGUAUUUUAAAAAAUUGUUUUUAAAAUAGUACAUUUUAUUUUCAAUGAAACAGCAACAAAUGUUGUUAAUUUUAUUUUUACUUAUAUUUUUGUUUUCAUUCAGUUUUAUUUUGAUGCAGUUUAGUUAAUUAUGUUUAUGGUGACUCAACAAGUUUUAUUUUAGUUUCUUUUAUGGCCUCACAAUUUUUUUUAAAUAUUAUGAUAAGAAUAAACAAUAAUUUUGUUUAUAUAUUUCAUUUUCUUUUAUUGUUUAAUGCAUAGUUUAAUAAUUCCUAUGCUGAAAAAGUGUUUUGUUUUAUUAUUGUUGAAGAUACAACAAUUUAUAAUUUUAGUUUGAUGGCCUUUAGUGUCUCAUAAAACACUUUAAGUAUGCACUACUAUGAAUUUUUGAAAGUAAAUAGUGUUGUGUAUUUUCUUUUUCUUUAGUUGAUUGCUAUGUUAAAAUUAUAUAUUUUAGUUGUGUAAUUUUUUAUGGUUUUUUCCUUCUUUUCCUUUUAGAAUAAUAGUUAUUUAUCUCCAUCAUAUAAAGAUAUACGCUUGGAGAUUCUAAAUUCGUCAAAAAGAAAAAUAUCACUUGUAAUAGUCUCCUAUAACUCAAGCAUUUUUCUCACAUUUUUAAUUGUUUUCUUUUAUUUAUUUGAAAUGAAAAACUAUUGAAAACUGUGAUACGUUUCACAUCUCAUUUUUGAACUGAUUCGAAAAAGUCUUUUGAUAGAAAAUUAUAGUUUUAUAAUAAUAAUACAUAAUAAACUUUCUUAAAAAAAUAUUUAAGCAUUUUAUAUUGCAGUUUACACUAGCAAAAUUUAUUUUGUCAUAAAAACUAAAAAUUGGCCUUUUCGUUGUAUUAAUUAAAUAAUUAAAAUUUGAAUCAAUGUAUUAACAAUUUAGUAUUUUUAUAAGAAGCCAUUCUUAGAGUCUCUCCUCUCUUAAUCAUUUUUAAAGUUUGGUGUUAAUUACCUAGUCAUUAAAUAAUUUCAUACUUAAUUAAAUAAAUUUUUCUUAACACCGUUCAGAGUCUCUAAUAGUGUUAUAUUGAAAUAUUUUUGGGAUUGAUAUUGAUUUAUAAAAAGAAAUUUCUCUUUUAACUUAUUAUCUGAAAUAAAUUUGAAUUUUAAAAUUAUUAUUUUGAGAAGAGGGCAGGAGAUAGUGGUAUUUUUUUGCUUUUUAAAUUUUUCUGCUGUUAAGAAUUUAAUAUAAACUUCUGUUCUUAUAAAUAACGCAAUUUAUAAAUUCUGUAUCUUUAAUUACACAUUAACUGAAUAAGAAAUGCUCAAAUGAACGAAGACAUAAAGUACAAGAAAGCUUCUGUGUUGCUCUCUCAUCUUGACCCCAAAAAACCUUUACUGUUACACAUAUUUAUGUAAACAAAACCCUUCAUUGGUAUUUUUUUUUUUAAAGUUAAACAUUUAAACAGCAUCCCUUUGAUAUUUUUAAAUUCACAAAUUUGGUGCUAAAUACAUUUACCCUGGCCAUAUAAAGGGUUAACUGUGAUUCCACAUUAUUUUUAUAAUGUUUAUUUAUAUUUCAUUAAGAUUUUUAUUUUGGAGAUGUUAUAGAUAUUUUCCUCAGAUUCUUAUUUUUCUAAGUAUUGUCUAACUGAAAAAUAUAUGUAAUAAAACAUCUUGUAUGUGCA